GACUGCUAAAGAAUCAUGUUGCCUAAGGAGUAUGCCCGGAGGAGGAGGAAGAGGAAAGAACUGGAGUUUGGAAUGGCUCUUUCUCAGGGACUAUUGACAUUCAGGGAUGUGGCCAUAGAAUUCUCUCAGGAGGAGUGGGAAUGCCUGGACCCUGCUCAGAGGGCCUUGUACAGAGACGUGAUGUUGGAGACCUACAGGAACCUGCUCUCCCUGGGUGAGGAUAACAUCCCUCCAGAAGUUGGGAUCUGCCCUAAUACCUCCAUUAGUUUUCUGACCAAGGAAUUAUUAAAGAAGAAGAACAUUAAUAACAGAGAAUUAUACCAACCAGUGGUCUUGGGAAGACAUGGAAGCCAUGGUAUUGAGGAUUUUGACUUCAGCAAAGUCAGGGGAACUGUGUAUGAAUUUGAGAAUAAGUGUGGAUGUGAAGAAAGAAAUUCCAAAGGAGAGCUUAUGACAGAUAACAUAAAUCACACUGGUAGAAAAGAGAAACAAUACAGCAAAUCCUGGAUUAACUUACCUUUAAAACAAAGUGUUUCUUUAAGAAAAAGUGCAUGUCAAUAUUUAAAAAAUAGGAAGUCAUUUAUAAAGAAUUUGUUAAAAAUAAAAAAUAACAUAGUUUAUGCAGGAAACAAGUAUCCAGAACAUUUUGACAAUAGAACUGGAUUAAGCUUUCAAUCACAUCUGGCUGAAUUGCAGAGAUUUCAAACUGAAGAGAAAAUUUAUGAAUGUAAUCAAGUUGAGAAGUCUGUCAAAACUUGUUCCUCAAUUUCAUCACUUCAAAGAUUUCCUCCUAGUGUCAAAACCAACAUUUGUAACACAUAUGGAAAGGUUUCUUCCUUCAUUCCUGUGUAUCCUUCAUUGCUUACACAGCAACAGAAAACAAAUAUUAGAGAAAAAUUAUACGAAUGUAGUGAAUGUGGAAAGACUUUUAUCCAUCAUUCAGUCCUUACUAGUCAUCAGAGAAUUCAUUCUGAGCAGAGACCUUACAAAUGUAAUGAGUGUAGUAAAGCCUUUAAACAGUUCUCAAACCUCACAAGACAUCAGAGAAUCCACACUGGAGAGAAACCAUAUAAAUGUAAUAUAUGUGACAAGGUCUUUAAUCAGAAUUCCCACCUUACAAAUCAUUGGAGAAUUCAUACUGGAGAGAAACCACACAGGUGUAACGAAUGUGGUAAGGCUUUUAUCAAAUGUUCAGACCUUUGGCGUCAUGAGAGAAUUCAUACUGGAGAGAAACCUUACAAAUGUAACGAAUGUGGUAAGGGUUUUACCAAACGUUCAUAUCUUUGGGAUCAUCAGAGGAUUCAUACUGGAGAGAAACCGUACAAAUGUAUUGAAUGUGGCAAGGUUUUUAGGCAGUGGUCUACCCUCAGGAUUCACCGAAGAAUUCAUACGGGUGAGAAGCCUUAUAAAUGUAAUGAAUGUGGCAAAGCUUUUAAGCAGUGCUCACACCUGACUAAACAUCAGAAUGUACAUCCUGGAGAAAAGCCACACAAAUGUACUGUGUGUGGCAAGGCUUUUAUCCACAUUUCAAGUCUGGUAAAACAUCAGAAAAUUCAUACUGGAGAAAAACCAUACAAAUGUAAUGAGUGUGGUAAGGCUUUCAUCCAAAGUUCAAGUCUUAUAGAACAUCAGAGAAUCCAUACCGGUGAGAAACCUUAUAAAUGUAAUGAGUGUGGCAAGGCCUUCACUGUGUGUUCAAGCCUAACUAAACAUAAAAGAAACCACACUGGAGAGAAACCUUACAAAUGUAAUGAGUGUGAUAAAGCCUAUACACAAUUCGUACACCUUACUAGACAUCAGAAAAUACAUACCAAAAAGAAAAAUCAUGAACCUAAUGUACCUGAUAAUGCUUUUAUUCAGAGCUCAAGCUUGGAGGAUUAUCAGAGAAUUCAUGGUAGAGAGAAACCGUACAAAUGUAAUGAAUGUGGCAAAGCCUUUAACUGGUGUUCACGCCUCACCCGACAUCAGAGGAUCCAUACUGGAGAGAAACCAUAUAAAUGUAAUGUGUGUAGCAAGGCCUUCAGUCAAAACUCAAACCUAACAAUUCAUCAGAGAAUUCAUACUGGAGAGAAACCUUACAAAUGUAAUGAAUGUGGCAAAGCCUUUAAGCAGUACUCAAGCCUCACCAGACAUCAGAAUAUACAUCCUGGAGAGAAGCCACACAAAUGUAAUAUGUGUGGUAAGGCUUUUAUCAAACGUUCACACCUUUGGGGUCAUGAGAAAAUGCAUACUGGAGAGAAGUCAUACAAAUGUACUGAAUGUGGCAAGGCCUUUAGACAAUGGUCUGACCUUAGGAUUCACCAAAGAAUUCAUACUGGAGAGAAACCCUUAGAAAUGUAAUGAAUGGUGUAAAUCAUUUAACCAUUUUAAACAAUGGACUAUAAUCAGAUAACUUAUACUAGGGAGACUAAGUCUCUAGUCCUAGAUUAAUCAAUUCCAGAUGUUAAGUUCUUCACAGUUAUUAAAAGUCAAAAUCAUUUCAAAUUUAUGAAAUGAUGGGUAUUGGUAAAGCAAGGAGAUCUUUGGAAAUGUACCAUUUCCCUCUUUUUAAAAAUACUUUUAUUAUAUGAAGUUUCUUGAAAAGGCUGUAUUACUAUUGAUGUUUUUCAACCUGAAGUUAAAAAUUUAUUGAUGUUAUGCCUUCAUCACAUGCUUUUAUGUGUUACCAUGAUGGGCUCUGCUAAGGGAUCAUUAAGAUAAAAGGGCCUACUUGUAUUAGGUGGGGAUCAUUCAUAUUCAUGUUUUCUGAAGGAACAGGACACUGAAUUUUAACAAAUAGCACUGUGUUUUUGAAUGAGUAAAACAAUGAUGUAAAUCAUAAUAAUUUCAGAUCCUCUUCUACAGAUUUGUUGGUACAACAGAGGACCCACUGGAUUAUCAGAAACCAACGCUCUGCCAGUUGAGGCUGAAACAGAGCAGUCCUUAAGAUUAAGAGACUGAGAUUUUGGGCUUCCCUGGUGGCGCAGUGGUUGAGAGUCCGCCUGCCGAUGCAGGGGACAUGGGUUCGUGCGCCGGUCCGGGAAGAUCCCACAUGCCACGGAGCGGCUGGGCCCGUGAGCCAUGGCCGCUGAGCCUGCGCGUCCGGAGCCUGUGCUCCGCAACGGGAGAGGCCACAACAGUGAGAGGCCCGCGUAACGCAAAAAAAAAAAAAAAUGAGACUGAGAUUUUCAUGAGAAUAGGAUGAUAGGUUAGUAGGGACUGCUUAUGUGGUAGAAAUAAUGGAGAAGAAAUGAUGGUCCUCCUCUCUUUUCAAAGAAAAUAGCUGAUGUCAAAGAUGAGAGAAAAUAUAGUCUUAUUCUUAGUAACUAAAGAGAACAAUUAUCAGAAAGGAGAACUUAAUCAAAACACCCAGAAUGCAGCGUACAUGUGUAGGAUUCACAUUUAACCACUGUAUCACUUUGAUACCAUUUUACUCAAAAUGUGUCAGAGUUGUCAUGUUUUAUUAAUAUAAUUUAAUCAUUUUAAAACUCUAAAUGAAUUUUUUUCUAUCUUAUCAAGACUAUGCCACCUCACUGUGGUACUUCGUAACAAAUACUAACAAUACAUCUUCAGGACGUUAAGGUUGAAAGGCACCUGCAACAAUUUCUUUGCAUGAUGGAAUCAAACAACGUAUAAUUUUAUGAAUAUAUAUUCACAACAUCCUUGAGUUAUUCUUUCUACACUCUGCCCCUUGGGUAUUCAUGUGGAUAUGGUUAAAAUACCAUAGCAGUACAACUUUAGACUCUGCCCUCUUUAACAUUUGAAGUACUACUUGUAAAUGUGAUAUGAUUAUAUUUCAGCGUGCCCCGUUUUUUGCCUGUAUAAGACCCAUGGCUUGCAAUGCCUUGAUUUAUCAGUAUACGAGGUAAAAAAUAACAUGUUAAGCAUAUGAAGUGUUAGGAAGUAGAAAAUUUAAGUAAUAAAGAUAGGAAUAGUAUUUUAUUCUUGGAGCUCUUACUGGAGUAAUUUGAAAAGAUCACUGAUCAUAAGUUUCCCCUUAAGAAUGAACAGACUCGGGACUUCCCUGGUGGUGCAGUGGUUAAGAAUCCACCUGCCAAUGCAGGGGACGAGGGUUCGAGCCCUGGUCCGGGAAGAUCCCACAUGCCAUGGAGCAACUGAGCCCAUGUGCCACAACUACUGAGUCUGCACUCUAGAGCCCGCGGGCCACAGCUACUAAAGCCCGCAUGCCUAGAGCCUGUGCUCUGCAACAAAGAGAAGCCACCACAAUGAGAAGCCAGCAUGCUGCAACGAAGAGUAGCCCCCACUCGUCGCAACUAGAGAAAGCCCCCAUGAAGCAACAAAGACCCAACGCAGCCAAAAAUAAAUAAAUAAGAUAAAUAAAUUUUAAAAAAAAAGAACAAACAGACUAACUUAAGGAGGAAAGGAUGGUUUAUUUUGUUUUAUUUAUAGGCCAACUAGGAACUGAACAUAUGGACCCCCCUCAAAAAUAGUUAAUUGCACUUUUGGAUAUCCCACAGAUAUAAGAUGGACCCUCCAAAAGUUAAUACAGAAAUCUCUUGUAAAAUGGAGUCGGGAGGCCGGAAGGGGGAACUCUCAUGUCCUCCCACUUGACAUCAACUGCAAAGCCAAUAGGAAGACAAGUUUCUUCCAUCCACCUGGAGGAACAUUACUACUUUACUACCCAGCAGGAGGAAGAAAUCAUUUAUCCUUGCCCAGCAACAGCCCAGCCAAUGAGAGACUGUCACAACUCAGCCAAUGGGAAGCCUUUAUACUUUGAACUCCCAGUUUCCUUUAAAGGACCUUUUUUUUUUAAAAUUUUUUAUGACAGCCCUUCACAAGUUCCCCUUCUCUUCUAUGAAAAAGUUUCUCUCCUUUGUUUCUCCAGACUUGCCUGUGGUCUGCCAUAGAUUGCAUGUCCUGAAUUGCACUUCUUUGCUGUUUCUGAAUAAACCCACUUUGCUUGUAAAAUAACUGGCUGUUUUAUUGUUUUAGGUCAACAACUAGAACCCAAAAUCUGCUUUAGAUGUCAAGACUGGUAAUGCUAGACACCAAAUAAGGAUGAAAAUGUUUUAAACAUAAUUAGACUUUUUGGAUACAGCAGUGCAGGCUUCCCAAGUUGGCAUAAAAUGGCUUGAGAGAGCAAGGAGAGGAGACCUGUUUUAGGUUUAUGUAGAGUUUAUGAGUCCUGCAAGAGGUCUGAUUUUCCUGGGGGCACCAAACAAAGGAGCAUCUUGGCUUAUAAGCUUCCCCACUGUAGAGUACAGGGAGGACACAAUAAAUAUGUGCUUUUUUUUUUUUUUUUUUGGUAUGUCAAUUGUACCUCAAUAAGCUGUACUAAAAAUGGGGAGAGGGUUGAGGCUUAAAAGCUGUCUAUGGUCAGUCUCUUUCUACCUUGGGGAUUUGUGAAGUAGUCGGCAAUCUGCAUCCUGGAAGAGGCUUCUCACCAGAAUCAGACCAUGCUGACACAAUAAUCUUGAACUUUCAUCCUCCAGAACUGAGAUCAGUCAAGAUGGUGGAGUAGAAAAACCUCGAGCUUACCUCAUCUCAUGGGCACACCAAAGUCACAACUAUUUACAGAACACCCAUUGAUGAAAAAGACCAGAACCAGCCAGAAAAGACCACUAAAGACAUAAAGAAGGAACUAUAACAAGAUGGUUAAGAGGGUCAGAGUCAUGAUAUAGUCAAGUCUCAGAGCAUCUGGCUUAGAAAGCCAGUGGGGCUUUCAGGAGUCCCAGAGGGCUGGGGGAGAUAGAGACUUCACUCUUAAAUGGCACACACAAAAUAUCACAUACUCCGGGACCCAGGGCAAAAGCAGUAACUUGACAGGAGCUUGCAUCAGACCUACAUGCUGAUCUUGGAGAGUCUCCUGGAGAGACAGGAGGCAACUGCAGCUCACCCUGUGGACAAAGACACUGGCAGCAGCCAUCCUUGGAAGCUCCUUCUACUGUGUGGACAGUGGUGCUGGCAAGCGCCAUUGUAGAAUCCUCCCUCUAGCUUAUUAGCCCCAAGACCCUGCCCUGCCCUGGUGCAACAGCCUGUAGGUACCAGUGCUGGGACACCUCAGGCCAAGAAACUAACUGGGCAGAGACACUGCCCCACCUCUCAGCAGAUAAGCUGCCUCAAGACAUCCUGAGCUCACAUCCACCUCUGGACAUGGCCCUGCCCACCUGAGGACCCAGGAUCUAGCUCCACCCACAAGUGGGCAGGCAUCAGCUCCAGAAUCCUCUGGGCCCUGACCCUGUCCUCUAGGAAUUCUGCUAUAGUCUCCAGACCAGCCUCAUUCACCAGGGAGCAGACACCAGAUAUAGGAAAACCAUAGUCCUGCAACCUAAGGACCCAGCCUUCUCAACAGGAGGCCAACUGUAAAUAUAUAUGCACCCAACUUAGGAGCACCUAAAUACAUAAAGCAAAUAUUAACAGAUGUAAAGGGAGAAAUAGACAGUAACAAUAACAGUAGGGGACGUUAACAUCCCAAUUAGAUCAAUGGACAGAAAAUCAAUAAGGAAACACUGGCCUUAAAUGACACAUUACACUAGAUGGACUCCAUAUAUAUAUAUAUGAUGUAUACACAUAACAUUCUAUCCAAAAGGAGCAGAAUACACAUUCUUUUCAAAUGCACAUGGAACAUUCUCCAGAAUAGAUCACAUGCUAGGCCAUAGAACAAGGCUUGGUAAAUUUAAGAAAAUUGAGAUCACAUCAAGCAUCUUUUCUGACCACAACCCUGUGAGACUAGAAGUCAAAUACAAGAAAAAAACUGCAAAAAACACAAACACGUGGAGGCUAAACAAUAUGCUACUAAACAACCAAUGGAUCAUUGAAGCAAUCAAAGAGGAAACCAAAACAAUACCUGGAGACAAAUGAAAAUGAAAACAUGAUGAUCCAAAACCUAUGGGACACAGCAAAAGCAGUUCUAAGAGGGAAGUUUAUAGCAGUACAAGCUUACCUCAGGAAAUAAAAAUCUCAAAUAACCUAACCUUACACCUAAAGGAGCUAGCAAAAGAAGAAUAAACAAAACCCAAAGUUAGUAGAAGGACAGAAAUCAUAAAGAUCAGAGCAGAAAUAAAUGAAAUAGAGACUAAAUAAACAAUAGAAAAGAUCAAUGAAACUAAGAGCUGAUUCUUUGAAAAGGUAAACAAAAUUGAUAAACCUUUAGCCAGACUCAUCAAGAAU